CUCCUCCUCCUCCUCCUCCUCCUCCUCCAGCUGAGGCUGAAACCAUCGGCCUGAACCACAUGGAGACCCUGAGCCAGAUCUGCAGAAACCACCUCAGACCGUCCGUCAGCGAGGAAGAGGAGAACGAGCUCAUGGCCAUGCUGAGAGGAGUUCAGACCAGGAACCAGACGCUGCAGCCAAGACACGACAAAGCCAGAAAACCUGCAACGGCAUGCUGGGACGUAGCAGCAGAGCGAAGCAAGACCUCCGAGGGCUCCUCAACACAGACGGGCUGCAGGGAGGAGGAGGAGGACGGAGGAGAGCAGGAGGUCUGUGAGGAAGGGCAGGAGGUGGAGGAGGAGGAGGAGGAGGAGGUGGAGGAGGAGGAGGAGCAGUGCGAGGAGACGCCGGAGGAGGAGGAGGUGAAGGUGGAGUGGCCAACAGGAGUCCCGCAGGCCUCAGACAAGGACCUGGCCAAACUGUCCAACAAGGGAGGGAACUCCUCCCCGGACGGCCUGGUCUCCAUCCUGAAGCGGAGGCGAGCGUCUCUCGACGGUUUGCCUCCGCCGAGCACGACUGCCGUCAAACAGAACUCCAAACGCAAAGUUCGCUUCAGCGAGCCGGACGACGGCAUAGAGCAAGAUGAAGUGGGCGGAGACUCCUGCCUCAUCCUGCUGCUGCUCUGUCUGGUCACCGUGGUGAUCAGCGUGGGCGGCACCGCGCUCUACUGCACCCUGGUGGACACUUACUCCAACAUCUGCACCGACUUCACUCACAACGUGGACGUCUACGUCACGUCCGUGCGGAGGGUGUUCGAAGGGCUGGGCCGCUGGCUGCCCCUCCGGACGUAGACCCCCCCCCCCACCUCGACCCACCGUCACCUGUGAUCCACAAUCCACACAAGAGCUGCGUCAGACGUGGACGGAUGGACGCGCCGCCCGGAUGCUCCACGGCCGGUCUGAAGGGAAGAGCUCGCAUCCUUUCUGUGUGUGACUGAAGAGGCGCUCAGGCGUUCCAGAAGAACAAUGUGGCGUGUCGCCUGACCAGUGAAAUUAAAAAAAACCAAACCCUGUUUACUGCUGUUUACGCCACACACCAGUACUCUCGCUCAGAGAACUAGAUGGUCUUUGUAGUCGUGUUUCCCCCACAGCUGUAGCACUCCUGACUCUUCUGUGUAGGAGAGGAAGUGAGGAUAUUGUUAGAAUCAACAGGAUCGUAUUUGUGCAUUAAUUUUUUUUUUUUUUUUUUUUUUUGAAUGAAUUAUGAAGCAAACUGUUGUUUAACUUUACUCUCAUCUGACAUAAAUUGUAGAUGCAGACCUACUUUCACUUGAAAGUUUAGAAGUACAGUCUGGAUAAUAUGAGCAGGAGAGACUGAAGCAUCAUGACCUGGAUGAUAUUUUCAUAUCAUGGUUUCUCAGAGAAAAAUGUUAAAA